ACGUUCUGGAGAAGCUCGGAGCAAAGUGGGGGCAAAAGCUGUUGACGGGCGGACAGCAACGCCGCUCCGAAAGGAUUCAACUUCACAUCCAGAUCAUAGAGCAUGGCCUCCAGCUAGAGACCACCGUCCACUGAAGAAAUUUAUUAUCCCUGGGCGAGUUAUACCUAGCUAGGUAUACUCCUUCAUUUCAAAGCCAUGAAUGUACCCCCGCGUGUACAAUAUGGCCCCCCGCCGUCCGGAGGGCUCCUUGAGCAGGCCAACAUCAGACAGCUCUCUAUAGCCGUAACGUUGCUGGUCCUGGCUGGUUUCUCUUCGCUUGUGUUUUUGUUGAAUCUGGCACCGGUCUAUGGUGCUCUUCCACCGCAUAUAUUCCACAACUACGGAGCGGGACUUGCAGCAAUUUGCGGUUACUUCCUAAGAGUCCGAUUUUCAAGGACAUCCAUCCGACGAGCCGCCUAUCUGCUUCCAGUGAUAGCAUGUUGGAUUCCUACCGCCCAAUACUUUUUCCUCCAGGGAGCUUCGGUUUUUGGAAACCCAGUUGGCCCUCUCAUUACUGAUCUGUUCGUUUUAUACCCGUUGAUUGUUCUGACGGCGGGUUGCGUCCGGGAGUUGAUCCAGUCAGCGCUCAAACUCGAACGGUAUGGUGAGCUGGUGAGCGACCAUGCUCCUUUCCUUGGACUGUAUGCCGUGUACUCCAUGGGCGAAAGGAUUGCGAACUUCUUUAUCUCCCAUUUCCUUGGAUCCGCAGUCCUUUUCUCCAGGACGGGCCUGCAACUCCUCAUUGGUAUUUUGUACUCGGUGGCGCUCCCGUCCAAAUUGCUGGUCCUGGCUAUCCCAUCUCUUCUGUUUUCCCUCAGUUUCAAUGUGCAUAUUCCUUUUAGCCAUUCUCUUUCGUCGUUGAAUUCCGCUAUCCAAGACGAGGGCUUCGUCUUGCUGGCUCGACAGGAUUCGGUAACAGGGUACAUUUCCGUGUUGGAUAAUCUGGAAGAGAAAUACCGAGUCAUGAGGUGUGACCACAGUCUUCUCGGAGGUCAAUGGAUCGGGCUUCCGAACGAGCAUCAUUCUGUAAAGGAUCCUGUCUACGCUGUGUUUACUAUGAUGGAGGCCGUUCGACUUGUUGAGAAUGACCAGGGUCAAGCUCGUCCGGAUGCUGGCAGCUCAGCGCUCGUCAUUGGCCUUGGAGCCGGUACUACUCCUGCUGCAUUGAUUAACCAUGGAAUCCAAACGACAAUUGUCGAGAUUGACCCUGUCGUCCAUCGGUUCGCAACUGAGUACUUCCACCUCCCAUCGAAUCAUAUCGCGGUCAUUGAAGAUGCUACCAAGUUCGUGCGGCGCCACAAGUCUUAUAAUACCGUCCAAUAUGACUAUAUCAUCCACGACGUGUUUACCGGCGGGGCAGAGCCCAUUGAACUCUUCACCGUUGAAUUUUUCAGGGACCUUGACUCGCUUCUCAAACAUGACGGAGUUAUCGCCAUUAACUAUGCCGGAGACAUCUCCCUUUACCCAGCUGCACUAAUCGUCCGUACCAUCCAAGCCGUAUUCCCAACAUGCCGCAUCUUCCGCGAAGACAUCGCGACCCAAGAAAACCCCAACUUCACGAAUAUGGUCGUCUUCUGCAAGAAGAGCACAGCUACCCCGCUUAGAUUCCGCGAGCCCACCGACGCGGAUUUCUUCGGCAGCGGCAUCCGUGAGACGCAUCUCGUGCCCAAGCACGAGAUCGAUGCGCACCAGUUCCAGAAGAUCCCAGAGAAGGGCCUACCUGUUCUUCCCGCUAAGAGGAUUGAAGGCCUCGCGCAUCACCGGGAUCGGAGUGCAAUUGCGCACUGGAACAUUAUGAGGACUGUCUUGCCGCAGCAUAUAUGGACGUACUGGUGAAGAUAGUGAGAUGUAGAUGUAGAUGGGAUGGAGUUUUCAUAAGGUGUGAGACUAUAUUAUAUUGUAUGUUUGCUUUUUUGGUUAUCUAUUUCUAUUGUGUGUUACUUAUUGUAUGCAUCUUCCUGGUUAUUGCUAUUA